GGGGCAGAAGGUCCAGCUCUCACUCAGGCAUACAUGCACACAUACACGCACACACACAUGCACACAGAGCUGUGAAGCAGGAGAUCAGCAGUGACAUGACCGUCACUCCUCUGUUGUGCGAGAACACAGAAGAACUCAAGAUUCGAGCAGACUCAUCCAUACUGCAUGUGGACGCCUCAGUGAUCUGGCUAUGGCUUCAUGAUGGAAGAUCACGUCUGAGCACCUACUGCACCAACCUCAACAAGGAAAUGUUCUUCAGCCGGAGAACCAGGCAAGGCUGAACAACCGUGAAGCAUGGAACUGAUGGAGCUUUCUACAGCAUUCUUGCUCUUCAGUGUGUUAACUGUAGCGAAGGCACUGAUCGACUCUGAUGACGUCAUUACUCGUGAUGAGCAAAUCUUCCUCCUGAUCCGUGCAAGGACAAGAUGUGAGAGAAGAAUCCUUGCACAGUACAGGACAGUACGAGAAGGUGACUGCGUGCCAGAGUGGGACGGAAUCAUCUGCUGGCCUAAAGGGAAGCGCAGUCAGCUGUUAGCUGUGCCUUGCCCCGAAUAUGUUUAUGAUUUUGACCACAAAGGUCAUGCGUACCGUAACUGUGAUGCUUUGGGGAACUGGGAGCAGGUUCCCACCAUCAACCGUACUUGGGCUGAUUACACUGAGUGCACAACCAAGCUGCAGUCUAACCAUGGCAAGCAAGAGGAGGAGGUGUUCAGGCGACUUCACGUAAUGUACACUACGGGCUACUCCAUCUCUCUUACAUCAUUACUGGUGGCCGUCUUCAUCCUCUGCUACUUUAAACGUUUACACUGCACUCGUAACUACAUCCACACCCACCUGUUUACCUCCUUCAUAUGCCGAGCAGUCAGCAUCUUCGUUAAGGAUGCUGUUCUCUACUCAGAGGAAGACACUAAAGCAGAGUAUGGAGAAGUGGGAAUCCAGGCUCAGAUGGUGGGCUGUAAAGUGGCCGUGACCUUUUUCCACUAUUUCCUGGCAACAAAUCACUACUGGAUCCUUGUUGAGGGCCUGUACCUGCACAGUCUGAUAUUCAUGGCUUUCCUGUCUGAUAAAAAUUAUUUGUGGGCUCUGACCAUCAUCGGCUGGGGUGUUCCUGCUGUGUUCGUCUCAAUUUGGGUCAGUGUUCGAGCCUCGCUGGCUGAUACACAAUGUUGGGAUAUCAGUGCAGGGAACGUGAAAUGGAUUUUUCAAGUUCCGAUCCUUGCAGCCAUUGCUGUCAACUUCUUUCUUUUCCUCAACAUAAUCAGAGUUUUGGCGUCAAAGCUGUGGGAGACUAACACAGGAAAACUGGAUCCGAGGCAACAAUACAGGAAGCUGCUGAAGUCAACUCUGGUGCUGAUGCCACUCUUUGGGGUACACUACAUGGUGUUUAUGGGUCUUCCUUACACGGAGGUCACUGGGCUGCUUUGGCAGAUACAGAUGCACUAUGAGAUAUUCUUCAAUUCAUUACAGGGCUUUUUUGUGGCCUUCAUCUACUGUUUCUGUAAUGGAGAGGUGCAGGCAGAGGUGAAAAAGGUGUGGUUAAGGCGUAGUCUUGCUCUGGAUAUCAAGCAAAAGGCACGUGUAGUCAGCAGCACCGGGGGCGGGAGCUGUUACUAUGGUGGCAUGACAUCACACACCACCAACCAGAGCAUCUGCCUUGGUUCUCAGGGACCAAUCCCAGCUCGGGGUAUGUCCUUAGGAGUCAGAGGCCAAUCGCACGUUGCUAACUUGCCGGGAUACAUACCUAAUGAGACUGCAGAAACCGUGCUACCUAUAGUUCAGCAUUCUGAGCUAAGACGUGCCAACAGCAUGGGGACAUUAUAUGAUCAGAAUGGGCAAAACAUUGUAGGACCCCAAGAAAUGCAAGAGGGAUUAGAGAAAGAUCCAUCGCUAUACUUCAUAUCUGAAGAUCAUUCCAGCUCGGUGUUGCUGAAAGAUCUGGAAACGAUUCUAUGAUAAACUUAGAGAUUCACCUAUAUUGUAAUACUUCUGUGGUGUUAUCGGUUAUUCCCGCUUUUUGCGACUGAAUAUGUUUGUUCAUUAUGUGUGUCAUAUUUUUGUUAUUUUUUUAGUCAAAACUACUGACCUGACAAGCAUCUAUAUAGUCAUAGAUAUUUAUUUGUUGAUUAGCCAUAUCCAACUACAUUGAAAGUAAGAAAUUGGGAUAGGCUUUAUUGUGAUUUAGCAAUUUAAAAGCUAGAUAGGGUAGACUUGUGAAAACAUUCCUAUGUGUGUGUAAAUACUGUGCCUUUAAUAAUCCACCCCAUGACAAACACCCCAAAUUUCUUUAUUUAUUUGUUUUACUAAGUGGAAAUGAAAUGGAUUUUUUGGGGAUUUUGCACUGUGUUUUACAAAAUAUGUUUAAGAUCUGAAGGUGUAAAAUAAGGUUUUAUUGUAACAAAAAGGCUAAUUAAACAAAUAUGCACCAACAAAAAUGAAGACAUAUCUGGUUUAAAAUUACAACUUUAAGUCCUCUUAGAUGUAUACUUCAGAUUUGCAUCUGGAUCCUGAUUUUUUUGUAUUGGAACAGGGCUUAAAACUGGGCUUGGGAGGCCAUCUUGCUCAGAACCUGGCCUGUGAGGGUGCCAUGUUAGCCUCUCGGUUGAGCAAGAUCUGGAACAGUGCUUGGAACCAGAUGUAGGGGCUGCCACAUCACCGCUGGCAUGAAACAGGACUUUGUGGGGUUUUCACCUUGGCCUUAGUGUAGAACAGGUCUUAGAACAGGGCUUGAAACCUGGCAUGAGAGACCGCUACAUUUGCGUCAGCAUGGAACAAUUCUUGAAAUGACCGUGAAAAGGGCUUGGAACCUGGAUUGGGGGCCUGUACUGUCAGUCCUGGUGAGGAAAAUGGUUUGGGACAGGGUCUGGAAAAGGGCUUGAACCAUAACUUGGGAGGCUGCCGUAUGCCCCUUUUCCACCAGAAAGAACCAGGUGCUGGUUCAGAGAUAGUGCUGGUGCUGGUUCAAAGCUGGUUCCACUGGUGAUCCUUCUCAGAACU